AUGAGAUCUGCUACACUCGUUUCAAUUGCCUUAGCUUUGGCAGCAGCUCCAGCUGAGGCUACCUUCCCCUUCCAUGACAGUUUCUAUGACUGUGUCCCACCUAACAGUCAACCAUGGAAGUGUCAACAGUUGAACAUCUUCGCUCCUUCCAGUUGGAAGAGAGACCUCGACUUCGAGGAAGAAGACUUCGACUUGGAAAAGAGAACUUACGACUUAGUGCCUAAGGCUGCUUUUGCCGUUUCUCAAGUUGACAAGGCCGAAAAUGGUCAAUACAGAUUGACCUGUAACUACGAAGCCGAUCAAUCUUCUGAAUUGAACAAAUACUUGUUCCCUCACGUCAAGACUUUGGGUAUCAAGAACACUGGUGUUGCCGAUGUUAACUUGAUCGGUAACUUCAAGGCUCAAGUCUCCAGUUGUGCCAAGUGGAGUACCACCGUCUUGGUGAAGCCAUCUGUCCAGAACGGUAAGUGUUGUUUGCCACACGGUUUCUCCAUCGAGUUCGACUUCAGCGCCAGCUUGAACGUUGACGCCUCCUACUGGAGUGAUGUCUCCACCGUUUUCGGUAACUCUUGUUCUUACGGCUUUGGUGCUGGUAACGGUCUUAACAAGGUUGACCCAACUACUGUCUUCAACGAUGUCUUGCACGGAUUCAAGAAGAGAGAUGGCAAUGCUGACAAGUCUCCAAGCAAGAGAACCUUCGGUGCUCUCGGUUUCUUGAAGGGUUGUGCUACCCAAAAGAAGGAUCUUUUGAACUUCUGUUGGGACUGUGACUGUCCAGGUACUUCUACUUCUACCACCAAGUCUAUUCCACCAGCCAGCUCUACCGUCAAGACCUCUUCUACUGGUUCCACUGUUAAGACUUCUUCUACUGUCCCAACCCCACCAGCUAGCUCCACUGUCAAGACCUCUUCUACUGGUUCUACCGUGAAGACUUCUUCUACU